CUCGAAUCCCUCUCAUCAUGUUACUGCAUCCUGCUCCUUCACCUGCCGCCUUGGGACUGGGCAAAGACCAGGUUCGGAGCUGCACUUCAGAAGUCGUCGGUGAGAGCCUGCCCCCACGCGAGGUUACCAGCCUGCUCGAGCUUCUGCAGCGAGCUGCAACCACCUCUGCAGGCAUCACCUUUUACAAGACGUUGGGGUCUGCUGCAGAGUCUGCAGAGCCUACAGAGUGGCUCUCUUACCAGCAACUGCUUGACCAGGCCCGUCAUGAUGCGCACUGGCUGCAAACCUCGGUGUCGAACCUGCAGCGGGACACGGUGUUUCUGCUGCAUUUCGACACCCACGAGGAGAACAUCCGCUGGUUCUGGGCCUGCACAGUCGCGGGCUAUUUGCCUUGUAUUGUUCCCAAGUUCGCGGUUUCGACCGACCGUCGCAUUGCCCAGGCCGAACAUAUCCUCCGGCUGCUGGAUAGCCCGGUGUUGCUCACCAAUGGCCGCAUGGCGUGUGCAUUCCAGGGCAUCGACACCCCACGUUUGUACCGCGUCGAUCAGCAAACCGCAUUGACCACCUCCCCACCGGCCUCCACUCCACUCCCACUGGAUCGUAAUCAGCGGACUGACGAUCUCGGAGCCCUGAUGCUCACCUCUGGCAGCACCGGCUUCUCCAAAGCCGUGUGUCUCCGCCAGCCGCAGAUGCUGGCCGCAGUGGCCGGAAAAGCCGCGCACUGCGGGGCGACCUCGCAGGACGUCUUCCUCAGCUGGAUCGCGCUCGACCACGUCGUCAACCUGGUCGAAAUGCACCUCCACGCCAUGUGGCUGGGCGCCCAUCAAAUCCAGGUGGCUACUGAGCUGGUGGUGGCCGAGCCGCGCUGCUUCCUCCACCUGGUCGAUCGCCAUCGUGUCUCGCUCAGCUUUGCCCCCAAUUUCUUCCUGGCCCUGCUAUGCGAGCGCGUCUGUCGACCCACACCGGAGCAGGAAGCUCAGCCCGCCCCGACCUGGGACCUCUCAUGUCUGCGCUGCGUAUUCUCCGGCGGCGAGGCCACCGUGCGACAGAUGGCGGUGCAGCUCCUUCGCGCGCUGGAGCCCUACGGCGCCCGACCCUUCAUCCGCGCGGGCUAUGGCUUGACCGAGUCGUGCGCGGGCAUGGUUUGGGACCUGGUCGAUCACACCGUCGACGGCCUCCACGACGCGGCAGGCGAGUUCAUGUGCUGCGGCCUGCCCAUUCCCGGGGUGGAGAUGCGCGUGCUGCGUGAGACCGACGAGAGCGAGGCGGCCGCGGGCGAGGAGGGCAUGCUGCAGCUGCGCGGCGCCGUGCUAUUCAACCAAUACUACCGGGAUGAAGCCGCCACGCGUGCGGCCUUCACGUCCGACGGCUGGUUCAUCACGGGGGACAACGCCUACCUGGACGAGCAUGGUCAGCUGUACAUCACGGGCCGCACCAAGGACACGCUCUUGCUCAACGGACUGACCAUCUUCGCCGUCGAGGUCGAGCACAGCCUUGAGCAGGCACGCAUCCCCGGUCUGACCCCGAGCUUCACGCUUGUCUUCGCCCAUCGGCCCCCCGGGGCCCUUACAGAGUCCUACUGCGUGGUGUACCUGCCCAGCUACGCUCCGGACGACGCCGCGGCCCGCGUGGCCACCACCGAAGCCAUCGAGCGCAUCGCCAGCCUGGUCGUGCACGUCAAGCCAGCCGCCACGCUGCCCCUGCCACGCAGCUACUUCGAAAAAACCUCCCUGGGCAAGCUCUCCCGAGCACACUUCCGUCGCCUCUUCGAGUCCGGCGCUCUCAAUCACGAGCGCGAAACCCACGAGAACAGCAUCCAAGCGCACCGGCAAGCGCACCGCCAGGCGCCCUCCUCGCCGACCGAGCAAGCAAUCCUCACCCUCGUCUGCACGCGCCUGAACGCGGACCCGGACUCCGUCAGCGUGACCACCAACCUCUUCAGCCUGGGCCUGUCCUCGCUGGACUUCUACACCGUCACACAGGACCUGCACCAGACAUUCGGGGUAGUCUUCACGCUCCCAGACCUCCUCAUGGACCCGACGGUCGCCGGCCUCGCGCGGCGUCUUGCCACCAAGCAACCCAGCCCUACCCCGUCCGCCUCUCCGCACCCCAACACCACACACUCCUAUGACCCCGUCGUCCCCCUCCAACACACCGGCCCCAAAACCCCCUUAUGGCUCGUCCACCCCGCCUCAGGCAACGUUCUCAUCUUUGCCAACCUCGCACGAGCCUUCCACGACCGCCCCAUCUACGCCUUCCGCUCCCGCGGCGUACAGCCAGGCGAGCCACUCUUCACCAGCAUCACUGAGAUGGCAACCACCUACGCGGCAGCCAUGAAACGCACGCAACCCUCCGGACCCUACGCACUAGCCGGCUACUCACUAGGCAGCAGCAUCGCCUUCGAGAUCGCGAAGCACCUCGAAUCCACCGGCGAGGAAGUGCGCUUCCUAGGCGCGCUCGACGGACCGCCCGACAUCGCCCCGUUAGUCGGCCAGUUAACCUGGACCGAGGCGCUGGUGAUGAUCGGAUACUUCUACGAGCUGAUCUCCGAAGCCAGGUGCGUGGUUCUCAUGCCUGAGUUACGCGAUGUGGAUCCCGAGGUCGCGUUGGAUGUGAUCUUGGGCGAGGGGGACACGGCUCGGUUGAGGGCGUUGCGCUUGGAUAGGAGGGAGCUGAAACAUGUUACGGACGUCACGGCGGGGUUCUCGCGCGCCGCCGGCAAGUAUACGCCCGUCGGCAGCGUGGCGGCGCCUGUCGAUGUCUUCGCUGUUGAUCCCCUGCUCACUGUCACUGACUCGCGCGAGGUCUGGGUGGACCGGUACCUCGCGCAGUGGAAGGCGUUGUCUCGAUCGGACAUGGUGGUGCAUCAGUGCCAGGGACGGCAUGCGGAUAUGCUGGGGUCGCGGUAUGUCAAUGGGCUGCAGUUGGUGCUGAGGCGGGUGUUGGAGGAGAGAGGCGUCUAGGCUGCAUACCAUACUAGCGGAGGC